AUGCCUGCUCUUACCACAUCCAGCACCCCUUGGAUUGUCCGCACAACGAAACGUAAAUCUUGCUCAAGUGAACCACAACCCAGAAAACGCAAACGCCUCUCCUCCUCCCAUGACAGGGAGACUCCUGGAACAGUCCCCAAAACCCAUCAGCAGACCUUGACGCAGAUCCAACUCACACCCCGAGUGCCUUCUCCGCUAGAAUAUGAUCACAUGGAGACCAUUCGGCCCAGGGCUGGACCGAAGAGCUCGAGGCAGCCCAGGGAGCCCAGAGCUCGGAAAGGGGUGAAGAAACAGAGGAGUACGCUUACGCAGAUGGAUUUUUUGGCUAUGGAUAGAGUUCAUGAUGAAUUCGGUUUUGAGGAGCUAGGUAUGAUCACGCCGGAUGGUGGACUUGGGGGCAAGGAUGUGGAAGCUGGGAAGGAGAAUGUCCACCUUGAUACGGGCAAGAAGGCUACAAAGGCGAAGAGGAAAAAUGUGGGCCCUGUUGAAGAGUCUUCUACGACUGUGAAAGGGAAGAGAAGGAAGACCGUGAAUUACGAGAUUGCCAGUGAUCAGGGUCAGUAUGAUGGUAUUCCAAGGACAAGAAGUCGCAGCGGAGCGCACACGAAGGUGCUGUCAGAGCAACAACCAGAUCGAAACGCAAUGAAUUUCAUAGAGGAACGAAUUCCUCGAGUGACGCGAGGGACUGCAAAGACCCAGGUAGAGCAGGUGCAAGCAGAGCCUCCUCGAAGGUAUCCAUACGACGAGAAGGAGAACCUGGACACCACCAGCGCGCCGUCCAGGCUUGUUAUUCCCGAGACACCGAAAAAGCCGGCAAACAUUAUCCCAAGCUCUCAUAGUCCCGAGAGUAUUCCAUUUAGUAGCAGAAAGAGACCGGUUUUAUACCGUGUGGAAUCAGCAACAUCACCUCUCAAAGAACGGUCCACGAACAUCGUCUCUAUAGCAGCUUUAGGCGGAGCGCUCGCGAUGGGACUCAGUCCGGUGAGGAAGAGCUUUUCUCCCAAGAAGAGGAUAUGUGUAUUGAAAUAUGGACCGGGCUUGUUCAAGGAACCAUCUCUACCUGAAGCUGGAUGUAUCGUGGCGGAUACCGGAGACUCGGGGCCCUCAAAACUCAGACAAGGCUCCAGAAUACAAGAUGGGGAUAUGAUCAUACCCUCUACAGAAGAUAUGAAACGUCAUUGUAGCGCACCCAGAGUGUCUGGGAGAGCUGGGGAGCCAGAAAUACCAGAACUACCAACAAUAAGUCCAACUGCCAAACCUGCAUUUAUACCGUCGAGUCAAACAGACACAGACGAAGAAGACGAAAUCCCGGAGACGAGUCAAGGCCUGCGUAGGUUUACGUCAACCUCAUCAGCCAAUAAAAGUGAGGAGAGCUUGCGUAUGCUGUCUGACACAGGUCGCAUGCCACGAGCUGUGAAGGCAACAAGCAGCAACGAGAGUCUCGCUCAACCUGGAUCUGGCUUGGCCAAGGCGGCUGUUCAAGGACGUGACUUCGGUUCAGAUCCUAAUAUUGAGGAAUCUAUACUAGGUGAAGCUUUAUCUACAACGAGACAAGCAGUGACGGAUGUAUCGACUGCCGAUCCAAGGCUACCUGCACAACUGCUCCAAAAGGACAGCAUCGUUUCUACUAUUCAGGACAGCGAGAAUGAAGACGAUGACGCUGAUAUACUAUUCUGCACGAUGUCGCCUAUUGGGGCCGGUACUCGCACCAGCGCAGACUUAGCAAGGCAAGCUUCUACCUCUGCUGACCUUCAUCCACCCUCUGCAGACACACCAAGUUCACCAACCCUCCCACCAGCGCCUCUACAUUCCAGCUACCCACAACCGACGACAAUCCGUGUCCCAACCAAGCUUCCUCCCUUGUCAUCCUCAGCCGCAACUUCUCCCUCCCUUCCAUCACCUGCUCCACAACCAAGAUACAUGACCCAACAAUCCAUUCGUCCGGCUUCGAUGCCGCGCCCCUCCCAAGUCUCAACGCAAGCGGCGACACAGCAAUCAUUGCUGCCCAUGUCUUCGAUGCCAUUCCCAUAUACAGCCACCACGUCGUCUCCCACCCGCUACAACUACAACGCACCGGAGCAUGUCACCAUCAAGGAUUCAAGCUCGAUCCAUGUGCCAUUACGAGAGAUCUCAUCACAAUCGCAAUCCCAGCCGCAAGCUGAAGAGUAUGCCAUGGUGGAUCUAGGGUUGGGGCCAGAUGAUGGUAGUCUUGAUGAUCGAGAUGAUGAUCUGGAUCCGAAGUCCUCACCUGUUAUUGCUCAUGAACAGCAAAACCAGCAACUGGAAGAAAACGAGCAGACCGGCACUGCUGCUGCUGACGCUCACAUUGAAGCCGCGGGUACAAGCGUGAUAGCGACGCCCAAUCCAAAUCCAGAAACAGGUACCAAGGACACGGAAGCGGAACUUCCCCAGAAGAAGAAGAAGAAGAAGAAGAAGCAGCAGCAAAGUCCAGCCAGAGGACUUACCCUACCUCUGCAUGAAGAUGGAAGCAUCACUCCCAGUCGUCCCUCCCGCCGACGCCGUCGCAACGACAACCCCACCUCCACCACCACCACCACCACCCUCAAAGCGCCGCCUCCCCAUCCCCUCGCCCGACUCCACCUCUCAGAGAGCAUGCUCGAAAGCCUCCCCGGACCGCCGGGCUGGGUUCCCACUUCCCCAUCGUCUCAGCGAAGCGUGGAUGCAGAGCGCUGCUGGGAUGACCAGAUGCUUUGA